GGCGGUGGCGGCAACAUGGCCUCGGAGGCGGACCUGCGCGCCCGGCUGCAGCGCGCCGGCCAGCAGCACCUCCUGCGCUUCUGCGCCGAGCUGGCGCCGGAGCCCCGAGCCGCGCUGCUGGCCCAGCUCGAGGCCCUGGAGCCCGAGGCGCUGCGCCAGCACUGCCAGCGCGCGGCCGCCGCCUGCGCGCGCCCCCCGGGCCCGCCGCCCGGCCUGGCCGCGCGGCUGCAGCCCCUGCCUCCUGAGCGCGUGGGCAGCGCGGGCGAGGCAGACCCGCAGACCCGGCGGCUCUGGGAGGAGGAAGGUCUCCAUCAGAUCGCCCUGAACAAGGUGGCCGUGCUGCUGCUGGCCGGUGGGCAGGGCACCCGCCUGGGCGUGACCUACCCCAAGGGCAUGUAUCAGGUGGGGCUGCCCAGCCAGAAGACCCUGUACCAGCUGCAGGCGGAACGGAUCCGGCGGGUGGAGCAGCUGGCCGGCGAGCGCCACGGGACCCGCUGCACCGUGCCCUGGUACAUCAUGACCAGUGAGUUCACGCUGGGGCCCACGGCCAAGUUCUUCAAGGAGCAUGACUUUUUCCACUUGGAUCCCAACAACGUGAUCAUGUUUGAACAGCGCAUGCUGCCUGCUGUGACCUUCGAUGGCAGGGCCAUCCUGGAGAGGAAAGACAAGGUCGCCAUGGCGCCAGAUGGCAAUGGGGGCCUGUACAGCGCGCUGGAGGACCACCAGAUCCUAGAGGACAUGGAGCGGCGAGGAGUGGAGUUCGUGCACGUGUACUGUGUGGACAACAUCCUGGUGCGGCUGGCCGACCCAGUCUUCAUAGGCUUUUGCGUGCUGCGGGGCGCCGACUGUGGAGCCAAGGUGGUGGAGAAGGCCUACCCUGAGGAGCCGGUGGGCGUGGUGUGCCAGGUGGACGGCGUCCCCCAGGUGGUGGAGUACAGCGAGAUCAGCCCCGAGGUGGCGCAGCUGCGCGCGCCAGGUGGGGGCCUGCUGUACAACGCAGGCAACAUCUGCAACCACUUCUUCACCCGAGACUUCCUGCGGAUGGUCACCAGGGAACUCGAGCACCUGCUGCAGCCACACGUGGCUGUGAAGAAGGUGCCCUGUGUGGACGAACACGGGAACCCGGUAAAACCGCUCCAGCCGAACGGGAUCAAGAUGGAGAAGUUCGUGUUUGACGUGCUCCCGUUUGCCAAGAACUUCGUGGCCUUCCAAGUGCUGCGGGAGGAGGAGUUCUCCCCCCUCAAGAACGCCGAUUCGGCCGACAGGGACAGCCCCUCCACGUCCCGGCGGGCCCUGCUCGCCCAGCACUGCCGGUGGGCCCUGCAGGCCGGCGCCCGCUUCUUGGACGUGCACGGGGCCCAGCUCCCCGAGCAGCCCAGCCUGCCUGGCAGCGCAGAGCCUCCAGCCAUCUGUGAGAUCUCACCCUUGGUGUCAUACGCUGGAGAGGGGCUGGAGGAGUACCUGCAAGGUCGCGAGUUCCGGCCCCCGCUCAUCCUGGAUGAGGCCACGGCGAGGGAGCUGCAGCCCUGACCUCCGCCAACCCCGGGGCCCAAGGCUCAGGACGCAGCCCCGCCUGGGCUCCGGUCAGGAGAGCUGCUCUGUGAUUCUGGCUGCAGACCGGGGAGCCCAGAAGGGAGCAGGCCUCCUCCACUGGGGUGGGAGGCCUCCCGCCACCCCGUCCCCGGGAGCCAGGUGACCCCAGGCCUGCGGGGCCCCUGGGGUGCUCUGGCUUAACUCCUGCUGUGGCGUCCAGGCUGGAGGCAGAGGGACUGAGGGGACUGGGGUGGGGCCAAGGCGGGUGCGGAAGGUGCUGAGAGGCGCACGGGCCUGUCAGCUGAGUGGGCUCCUGGGCCCCUGCACACCCGCCUGGCGGGAGCAGCAGCAGCCACGCUGCGCUUUUCUGCAGAGAUGAGGGGACGGCAGCACCUGCAGGGCUCCAUGUUGGGAGGGACAGCUGAGCCUGUGGGUCACAACCUGGCCCGCCUUCCCUGCCCGGCUGAGGCCCACAGCAGGUCUGGAGCUGGCUCUCUGGGAAGCUUGGCCUGCAUGCCCGGCAGGGUUCUCUCAAGUUCCGUCCAAGGCCUCAGCCCCCAGAAAACAGUGGGACCCAUGGAGGGUGCCCCACCUCGCCGACACCCCAUGCCUAUAGGGAGCUUCUGACAACUCAGUGCUCACACUCCUUCCCCCCACGGCUCCCCAGGAAGGGGUGGGCACAGCGCCUCACUGCACACCCCCGGCCUGCUCAAGGUGGGGAGAAGCCGGCUGGCUGUGGUCUCGGGCCCUGCCUGCUUCCUGCCUGGAGAGCAGCACGGGGCACCUGCCCCCUCCUCCUGUGAAGAGCGUCCUAAGUGCGGCCACAGCUCGGCCAGGCCCGCCCCACCCCUCCCCGCUCCUCCAGCCCACGUGCGGCCGUCUCCUCCAGGAAGGGUGCUGUCCCGGGAGCUUCAGUGGCAGUGACCCUUCCAGGGGCCUGGAGUGGAUGGGUGGCUCGUCCACGCCUCCCGCCCCGGGUGUGACUGUGGGGCCAGGGCCGGGCCCAGGGCCGGGAGGAUGACUGCGUCUCCAUCCAUCCAGGCUCUGCCAUCAGUCCUAACUGUGCCUUACUUGCCUUCCCCCAGCUGCUCCACAGGCAAGCAGAGGGCCUGGGGCAGAGGGUCACCAAGGAGGAGGUUGAGGGUCCUGCCUGGCUCCUCACUGCCACGACAGGGCAACCUCUUUACCACAUCGAGUUUGUUGGGUAAACUAUUAAAACAGCUUGCUUUGGAGAAGGAAAUGGCAACCCACUCCAGUAUUCUUGCCUGGAAAAGUCCAUGGACAGAGGAGUAUGGCGGGCUGAAGUCCAUGGGAUUACAUGACUGAGCAUGUGUGCACGAGGGUGGAGGGUGAUGGGUUGGUAGCAAUAAAGUGGUAGAACUAAAAAACAAACAAAACAAAAACCUGCCUUCUAAAGUGAUUGUAUCAUAUUGCAUUCCCACCAACAGUAGGUGAGAGUUCCAGUUGCUCCAUGUUCUUAUAUUUGAUGUUGUCAAUGUUUUGGUUUUUGCCAUUCAAGUCGGUAUGUAGUAAUAGUAUAUUGUUGUUUCUUUCAUUUGCAAUUCUCUAAUGAAAUAUGCUGAAUAUCUUUAUAUUCUUCUAACAGUGUCUUUUGCUGAACAGAAAUUUUAAACUUUAGUCAAGUCCAAAUUACUCAGUGUUUCUUUCAUGGAUUAUAUUUUUGGUGUGUCUAAUGCAUCAUUGCCUAACCCAAGGUCUGUGUCCCCUGUACUAUUGUCUACGUGUUUUACUGUUUUGUAUUUAGGCUUAUUAUCCAUUUGAGAAAAUAUUUGUGAAAGGUGUGAGGUCUGUGUCUGGAUCACUUCCCCCCCCCCCCCCCCCCCCGUGCUGUGCAGCUUGUAGAGUCUUAGUUCCCAAACCAGGCAUUUUAACCCAUGUUCCCUGCAGUGGAAGCAGGGAGUCCUAACCACUGGAUCAUGUUUUAAAGCCCCAUCUGUUGAAAAGACUAUCCUUUCUUCAUUCCUUUGCCUUUGCUCCCUUUUCAAAGAUCAGUUUACUGUAUUAGUGUGGAUCUGUUUCUGUGGUUUCUAUUCAUUUUUUGCACUUAGUGAGAUAAUCAUCACGUGGCUGUGUUUUUGUUUUUGUUUUCCUUGUUGUCUUCUAUUUAAAUGGUGCAUGUGUGCGAAGUUGCUUCAGUCAUGUCCGACUCUGUACACCUGUGGACUGUAGCCUGCCGGAUUCUUCUGUCCAUGGGAGCUAAUCUUGCAUUUCCUGCAAGAAAUCCCACAUGAUCAUCUUGUAUAAUCCAUUGUAUAUAUUGCUGAGUCAUUUUUCUGAUAUUUUGUUAAUGUAUUGUAUAGAUAGAUGAAUGGUAGUGGGUUUAUAGAUCUGUUUUUCUCUGACUUUGGCAUCAGAGUAAUUCUGAUGUCAAAGAAUAAUUGUUUCCUCCUCCUUAUUUUCUGGAGGAGUUUUGAAGGAUAAAUGAUACUUCUUUUUUAAAUGCUUGCUGAAAUUCCUUAUGAAGGCACCUAAGCCUGGAAUUUUCUUGUGGGAAGACUUUCAAUAAAAAUACAGUCAAGUAAAAAAAAAAAUAAAAUAAAACAG